AUGCUUUCAGGUCAAAAUGAGCAGACGAUCACGAUUCGACUGCAGCCGAGUCCGCCUCGAGGCUCAAGCAAAGGUCGUAGGCGGUUUUGGGUACAUCUAAAGUCGCCAACUGGGGCGGUGCUCGGUGCCUACCGGACAGCUUCUAUAAUCGUUCGAAGUUUACUUUUAGAUCAGGUAAUUUAUAUUCUUUUUUUUUCUCAUCUAUAUGGAAACAUCAUGGCCAGACAAGAGCCACACCAAUAG